AUGCUGCCAGUUUUACUAUAUGGUAGUGAAAAUUGGAUGGUAUCUUGUGCUUUGGAAUCUCGUCUUGAUGCCUUUUAUAACAGGUCCUUGUGCCGUAUCAUGAGGUACAGUUGGCAGGACCAUGUGUCCAACCAACGGUUGCAUCGUGAGACUGGUACUUGCACAAUCAGCAAUAUGGCCAAACAGGCUCGUUUCCUACAAGAUGAUCCUGCCCACCAGGUUAUCUCUGUUCAAGACAAACCUGGGUGGAGGAGGCCUGUGGGAAGACCUAGGAAGGUGUGGCUUGGGCAGAUCGAUAAAACAUGUUAUGAAGAGCUAGAGAUGGACCUGGCCCUUGCCUGCCGGCUCGCCAUGAGAGACCCUCAUAGGUAG